AUGGCGGUGCUACUUCCAACUGCCUCCGAUGUGACUAUGUUUGACAGCGCUUUGUUCGAGUACGAAGAGGCGGCCACGCGCCAGCCAUUCGCCGUCCAGACUUGGAUCUCGUAUAUACGUGCGCUGUCCGAUGCCCCACUCGCUAAUCGUUGCGAAGUCUACGAGCGCGCACUUCAGGUUCUACCACGUAGCUACAAGCUCUGGAAACUCUAUCUGGACGAUGUGUACGAUACACAAGUACGUGGACAGCGUGUAGAUUCCCCAUUCUACAUCCAGCUAGUUGCACUGUACGACCGUGCACUGAUACAGCUGUCUACAAUGCCAAGAUUGUGGCUUGACUACUUAAAUGUGCUGCGUGAGAUGUGUGUAGUCACAGCGCGUCGUCACGUAUUCGAUAGAGCGCUUCGAGCAUUGCCUAUUACCCAACACCAUCGUAUUUGGACGCCAUACUUGGCUUUCGUGCAACAGAUUGGUAUCCCUCGCACGGCUGUGCUUGUAUACCGACGAUAUUUAAUGCUUGAGCCAUCAAAGAGAGAUGAAUAUAUUGAUUACUUGGUUUCGGUAGAACAGUAUGAAGAAGCAAGUUUGCAGCUUGUGAAGCUGAUUGAAGCAGUGGAAAAGAAAAAAAUAACGACGGAUCGAACGACACACAGUUUGUGGAUGCAACUCUGUGACAUGAUAUCGCAACAUCCAACACGUGUAGCAAAGUCGUUAGAUGUUGAAGCGAUUUUGAGAAGCGGUAUGGCUCGCUUUAGCAAUGAAGUGGGUCGACUUUGGUGCUCGUUGGCAACUUAUUUUGUACGGCUGGGCAUGUUUGAAUCCGCGCGAGAUGUAUAUGAAGAGGGGAUUUGUACAGUUGUGACCGUGCGUGACUUUAGUAUGAUCUUUGAUGCGUACGUGAAAUUUAUUGAAGCCAUGCUUACAGCAGAGAUGGAGCUAGCUACUGCUCAGGUCGAUCGUUUGUUAAAAGUGUACGAGGAUGUGGCUGAAAGACGUCCAUUGUUGUUAAAUUCAGUACUUCUACGACAGAAUCCGCAUAAUGUGCGUGAAUGGGAAAAGCGAGUGGAGCUUGUCAAGUCAGAUCUACAACAGGUAAUUCAAACGUACGCUGAAGCGGUGAAAACGGUAGACCCUAAGAAAUCAAGUGGACGGCUGCCAACGCUGUGGAUCCAGUUUGCUAAGUUCUACGACGGUCACGGUGAUCUGGACAAUGCGCGAGCAAUCUUCAAGAAAGCUGUAGACGUUGACUUUCGUACCUUCCAGGAACUUGCCAUUGUGUAUUGCGAGUGGGUUGAACUAGAACUUCGCCACGAAAACUUUGACGAAGCACUUGAGAUUGUGCGUGGUGCUUGUAUUCCUCCAGCUACACGUACUCUUCGUCUUCGCAAGCAGCAGUCACUUACGGCCAAGGAUAAUGUCCAUUUGAGCGUGAAAUUGUGGACUUUGCGUCUUGAUCUCGAGGAAAGCUUGGGGGAUCUUGAAUCGACUCGUGCUGCCUACAAUGAGGUCUUUGAACUUAAAAUCGUUACGCCACAAAUGGCGCUGAACUAUGCAGCUUACAUGGAGGAGAAUAAGUAUUUCGAAGAAUCGUUCCGUGUGUACGAGCGAGGAUUAGUACUUUUUCCGAAAUUUCCGCACGCAGCCGAUCUGUGGCAAACUUAUCUGGCAAAGUUUGUCAAGCGUUAUGCUGGAUCAAAGAUGGAGCGCACGCGCGAUUUAUUUGAGCAGGCUAUACGUGCCGCCCCGGCCAAAUCUGUGUGUGUAUUCUUCGAGAUGUAUGCUGAUUUUGAAGAGCAGCACGGCAUGUUGCGUAAUGUUAUGACAAUAUAUGAGCGUGCGUCUGAUGCUGUUCUUGAUGAUGAAAAACUUACAAUCUACUAUAAGUACAUCAAAAAGGCACAGAAGUACUUCGGCGUCGCAAAAGUACGAGAAGUGUACCAACGAGGCAUCAGUAAGCUACCUGAUAAAUGCAUCGCACCUCUAUGUCUCAAAUUUGCUCAGAUGGAGACUAAACUUGGCGAAUUUGAUCGCGCUCGAGCUAUUUAUGCCCAUGCAUCUCAAUUUUGUGAUCCGCGUCAACACGAAAAGAGUUUCUGGAAGCUGUGGCAUGACUUUGAAGUAUCUCACGGCUCUGAGCACACUUUUCUUGAGAUGCUGCGCAUUAAGCGCUCUGUGGUGGCUCAGUAUUCACAGGUUAAUUUCGUCUCAUCUGAAAUUGCUCCUCAAAAUGACAGCACGUCAAAGAUUGCUGGAAUGGUUGCCGCAUCAAACCCUGCAGCUGCAGGUGAUGCUAUGGCUGCUUUAGAGGCUCAGCUUGUUGUGACACCAGCUGACGAGCGAGACGCCAAGAAGCGAAAGGCAGAGACAUUAGUGUCUGAAACUGAACGAAAUGUCCGACAGAAGGAAGUUGUAGAGGUGGCAAAUGAAGAAGAGAUUGAAUUAGAUGACGAAGACGGUGAUGCAGAGGAAGGGGAAAGAGAAACUGACGUAGAAGAGCGUGAACUUUCGUCAAGGGUGACGGACAAUAGCAUUGAAAAAGCCCAGAAUUAA